AUUUAUGACCCUCUGGUUGAGCUUUCACAAUUCUUUUGCAAAUUAAACUCCAAAUCACUUUCAGUAGAAGAACUUAAUGAAAUGCAGGCCCAAAUACCUGUGACACUAUGUAAGCUUGAAAAGGAAUUCCCACCGUCCUUUUUUGAUGUCAUGAUGCAUCUGCCUGUUCAUUUGGCUAAUGAGGCUCUUGUUGGUGGACCUACAAUAUAUCGGUGGAUGUAUCUCUUUGAGAGACAAAUAAAGUGUCUGAAAUCGCUAGUGCGAAAUUUGGCACGACCUGAGGCUUCCAUUGCAGAGGGAUACAUUGCAGAAGAGUUCAUUACAUUGUGCUCUAGGUAUUUGGAUGAUGUCGAGACAAAGCAUAAUCGACCAGGCAGAAUCAAUGAUGCACCAGGGGAUGACAACUAUUAUUUGUCAAUAUUCAAUCCGGAUGGAAGGCCAUCCGGUGGUCGUAAACCUAGAGAUCUUAAUCUUCUUGAAGCAGAGCAAGCUCAUAUUUAUGUUUUGAGAAAUUGUGAUGUAGUUCAACCAUAUAUCAGUGAGUACUCCAGUAGUCAAGAUGGAUGUUCACUGCAACCAUUUACCACCAUGUGGAACCAGAAGUUCAAUCAGUGGUUCAAAGAGAAGGUAGCCAGCUUGCACGAACAUGAUAAGAGUGAGCUCACCGAAGACCUUUUGGCACUAUCACGUGGUCCAUUGGAAAAUGUAACAUGUUUUACUGGCUAUGACAUGAAUGGAUUCAGAUAUCGUGUUCAAAGUCGAGAUAGACACCUCUGCACACAGAACAGUGGGGUGGCUGUACUUUCAGAACAAGGGGAUAAUGGUAAUACAGUAGAAUAUUAUGGCAUAUUGACAGAGAUAGUCGAACUGCAAUACUUAGGUGGAAGGCGUGUGACAUUAUUCCGUUGCAACUGGAUUGACGUAUUUGACAAAGAGCAUGGGAUUAAGAAAGACAACAAGCAUGGAAUCGUUAGUCUUAACCUGCAGCGUUUGCUUCUGACAGAUGAGCCUUUCGUUCUGGCUAGCCAAGUCUCUCAAGUAUUUUUUGUCAAGGACAAUCUUAUAAAAGGAUGGCACGCAGUCGUGAAAAAUCCAUCACGUCAUGCUUACAGUGUACCACAUGGACAGUCUGAUGAUGAAGCCUAUGAAGCUGAACCUGACAAUGGCGAUGAAGACGACUUGCUUCAAAAUUCGACAACAUCACGUAGAAAUAGAACAACAUGAUGGCACUAGUUUAUGCAACUCUUAAUCUGUAGUAAUCGAUUUGCUUCAUAUUUUUGCUUUUACCUUAUUAAUAAACAGUGACACAAGUAGUUCUGUACUUACUUUAUUUGAUUUAGCAUUCAAUAAUUCAUUUUCAGUAUAUCAACAUUCACUUAUUUAAUUCAAUUUUACUUUGUAUAGCCUUUGUGCACACUUUAAACUAACACUAUAUGCGUAGGGUAUCACAAUGAGUCAGCACAAGUAUGGAAACUUAACAGCAUUAGCUCGGGAAAGAUGCUCCUCAUAGUUGAAUAAGUCUGGACUGGUACACCAGGGUAUUGGUAGGCGGACCUUGCCAGAGAAAUCAAGUCAAAUAGCAGAUUUCAGCAGAAAAAGGGUUACUCACAAGCCUAAUUUGCAAGAUGAGGAACUGUGGAAAAAGUAUGAGUUAGCUACAAAAGAUGGAAAUGAUGCGGCAACAAAUACACCAAUCUUGUUUACUACAAAUUUUGAUGCUGAUGAUUUCCGAACUAUGAGUGAUGAAGCUGAUACCAGCAAUGAUGGUGACAUGGGAAAUGAUAUGCAUGAUUUUCAUGAUGGUGCAAAUGGUGCAGAUGAAUUAAUGGGUAAUGAAAAUCUGGAAAGUGAAGAAUCCCAGGAUAGCCAUGGCUUUGCAGGUACCUCAAAGACCAGUAAGCACAACAAUGCAACUGAAUUAGUUGAUGAAAAUCUGGAAAAUGAAGAAGUGCAGGGUAACCAUGGCCUUACAGCUACGUCCAAGACUAGACCUCAAACAGGUGAAAAGCGCAGGGUCCGUGGGAAAAAUAAAUGCAAGGAAGUAGCUGAUCUCAUGGAGUCCCAAAAAAUUAAAGUCCGGUUUUACAAUAACCGUGCGCUUUCCAGAAGUUUUGCGCGACACUUGGGUAGAAUCGUCCGUAAUCCUAGAAUUACCCCGAUGAGGGUAAAGGAAUGGUCCAAUAUUACUGAUGCAGCUCGGAAACAUAUAUUUGAUGCAAAUAAGGACAAGUUCGAAAAUAUUGACGACAACAUUGCAAUAGAUGUGUACAAAGAUGAGAUAUUAGACCAUGUCAGGAAACUUUGGAUCAACUGGCGUGGAGACUUGCACCGGCAUUUUGUGAAACCCAACAAGACUAUGCAACAGGCUAUGAAAAAGGUACCUUAAGAUAUUCCAAAGGAUGACUGUGAAUGGCUUGUCAAGGAGCAUUUUUUCAGCAAGGAGCUUCUG